UCUAUUUUGAUGAGCUGGGUGUGGUGUGGGGUUUGAUAGUUUGUUGAAGUAAUCUGUCCGUCACAGUGUGUGUGUGCGCGUGUGUGAGAGGGAGAGGAACGAUGAUCAGUGACGGAGUUGUAGAAGACGAAGAAAAAUGGUUGUCAGCUGGGAUCGCCGGCCUGCAACAAAAUGCUUUCCACAUGCAUCGCGCUCUCGAUUCCAACAAUUUGAAGGAUGCUCUCAAGUACUCCGCUCAGAUGCUCUCGGAGCUCCGCACUUCCAGGCUCUCCCCUCACAAAUAUUACGAACUUUAUAUGAGGGCUUUUGAUGAAUUAAGGAAAUUGGAGAUCUUCUUCAAGGAGGAGACUAGUCGCGGCUGCUCCAUUGUUGAGCUCUAUGAACUCGUGCAGCAUGCUGGAAACAUCUUGCCGAGACUAUAUCUGCUCUGUACUGUUGGCUCUGUAUACAUAAAGUCGAAAGAAGCUCCAGCAAAGGAUGUUCUCAAAGAUCUGGUAGAAAUGUGUCGCGGGAUCCAACAUCCUUUGCGUGGUCUUUUUCUAAGGAGUUACCUAUCUCAAGUCAGUAGAGAUAAGUUGCCGGACAUUGGAUCUGAAUAUGAGGGUAGGGAUGCUGAUACUGUCAUGGAUGCCGUUGAGUUUGUGCUCCAAAACUUCACAGAAAUGAACAAACUUUGGGUUAGAAUGCAACACCAGGGACCUGCUAGGGAAAAGGAUAAGAGGGGUAAAGAAAGGGGUGAGCUACGUGAUCUGGUUGGUAAGAACCUUCAUGUCCUCAGCCAGAUUGAGGGUGUUGAUCUUGAAAUGUACAAAGAAACUGUGCUUCCCAGAGUGUUGGAGCAAGUUGUCAACUGCAAGGAUGAACUUGCCCAAUAUUACUUGAUGGAUUGCAUAAUUCAAGUCUUCCCAGAUGAAUAUCACUUGCAGACACUUGAAACAUUAUUGAGUGCCUGCCCUCAACUUCAGUCUUCUGUUGAUGUUGAAACAGUGCUUUCUCGACUAAUGGAAAGACUCUCAAAUUAUGCUGCUUCUGGUUCAGAAGUGUUACCUGAAUUUUUUCAAGUAGAAGCUUUCGCAAAACUGAAUAAUUCCAUUGGCAAGGUGAUAGAAGCACAAGAAAAUAUGCCCAUUGCUGGAGUUGUUACUUUAUAUGCGUCUCUUUUGACAUUUACACUACAAGUUCAUCCUGAUCGGCUUGAUUAUAUUGACCAGAUUCUGGGAGCAUGUGUAAAGAAACUUUCAGGAAGAGAAAAGCUUAAUGAUAGCAAAGCAACAAAACAGAUUGUUGCACUUUUAAGUGCUCCACUUGAGAAAUAUAAGGAUAUAGACACUGCAUUGAACCUGUCUAAUUAUCCCCGCAUCAUGGAGUGUUUAAAUGAUGGAACACAUAAAGAGAUGGCCAAUGUCAUUGUACAAAACAUUUUGAAAAACAAGACUUGCAUAUCAACUGCAGAGAAGGUGGAUGCGCUAUUUGAAUUGAUAAAGGGGCUUAUCAGAGAUCUUGAUGGAGAUACUCAUGAUGAGCUUGAUGCGGACUUCAUAGAGGAACAGAAUUCCGUUGCCCGUCUUAUACAAAUACUGCACAGUGAUGAUCCUGAAGAAAUGUUGAAGGUUAUCGAAACUGUGAGGAAGCACAUUUUGACUGGAGGGCGGAAGCGGCUUCCUUAUACUGUUCCUCCACUUAUAUUUAGUUCUCUAAAGCUGGUACGUCGACUGGAAAAACAAGAAGAAAGUGUCUCUGGUGAUGAGGCAUCUACGACACCAAAAAAGAUCUUUCAAUUAGUGACACAGACAAUUGAGGCCCUGACAAGUAUUCCGGUUCCUGAACUGGCUCUGGGGUUAUAUUUGCAAUGUGCUGAGGCUGCAAAUGACUGUGACCUCGAACCUGUUGCAUAUGAAUUUUUUACCCAAGCUUAUAUAUUGUAUGAAGAAGAAAUUACGGAUUCAAAAACUCAGGUGACUUCGAUACACUUGAUAAUUGGGACACUCCAAAGGAUGCAUGUCUUUGGUGUUGAAAAUAGAGAUGCAUUGACACACAAGGCCACAGGGUAUUCUGCAAAGCUGUUAAAGAAACCCGACCAGUGUAGAGCUGUUUAUGCUUGCUCACACCUGUUCUGGCUCGAUGACCAUGAUAGUAUCAGAGAUGAAGAAAGGGUCUUGCUUUGCCUGAAGCGCGCACUAAGAAUCGCAAAUGCUGUUCAACAAAUGGCAAACGCAACUAGAGGCAGCAGCGGAUCAGCUUUGCUAUUUAUAGAGAUACUAAACAAGUAUCUCUACUUUUACGAGAAAGGGGUCUCGCAGAUUACUGUUGAAUCAAUUCAGGACCUAAUUAAAUUGAUCAGAAACGAGAUGCAAGGUGAUGCUUCACCAUCAGAUCCAGCCGCAGACGCCUUCCUUGCAAGUACAUUACGGUAUAUACAGUUCCAGAAGGACAAAGGUGGCGCUGUGGGGGAUAAAUACAUGCUCAUUACAGAUUAGUUUUCACGUCGAAUCUUCAGCACCAGGUUUUACUCGAGCCAACCGGAGAGAAUGUUGCUGGUCCGUUCUGGUUUUGAGGCGAGGAGAAAGCGUGACCUUUGUUUUUUUGUUGACCGACUCCAAUUUUAACGUCUCCUGAACAGUGCUAUAGAAAGUGUUGAUAAGUAUAGUAAAUUCUUGAUUCAAUGCUGACUAGCUGGCUACGGCGUUUGAGGUGUUAUGUCUGUUGUUGAAAAUUGGUUUAAUGAGAGUGGUACUUAAUUCCUCUGUAAUUUUCACAUCCCCUAUUUUACGUGCUGUUUAGACAAGUUGUAUUUUA